AUGUCGAGCGAGCCCCCGUCUCCCGCCAUCAUCGACCCACAAGCACACCUGCACCGAGAAAUUCAAAGCCUGAAAGACAAAAUCAAAGACCUCAAGGAGAAACUCGCUCAACGCGACGACAGUUUUGCCUACUAUGAGAGAUCAAAUUCCGAACUGCAAGACCAAGUCGAAGACCAGACCAUCCAACUCGAAGAAAAAGACCUCAUCAUCACAAAACUGAAAGCGCACAUCGAAGCACACAAACAAGAACACGAAGAAACCCAACAGGAAAACAAAAAGUUACGUCGACAAUCUUCGCACUUUGAGGAAAUAGUCAAGGCCAAUGAAAAGGAACUCAGAAAUCUUCCGGACUUGGAAAAGGCUAUCGAAGAUAGAGAAGCUGAAGUUCGCAACUUUACUGCUGAGUUGGACUUGACUAGGACGGAACGUGAUGACAAGAUUACAGAGACCAAGGGGUUGGAAGGUGAUAUUGCAAACUUGAGACAAGAGUUGGAGACCAAGGAUGAGGAGAUCGACAUCUUGCAUGAAAAACUCGACAUCUUUGAACGUCACAUCACUAUCAGCAAAGACCUUCCUGCCGAAGAGCUUGACGAUGUACUCUACGACUUCAUGGAGAAGUGGUCUGCCAUGCAGGCUGAUGGACCCAGCCCUCCCAAGAAGAACAAGCGCUCUUCGCUCAGUGGCAUGAACCUUGCGGAUGAGUUUGAAGCUCUCAGUGAUGAUGGAUAUGACUCUGAAGAUGGAGGCUAUGCAUCUGAUGAUCGCAGUAUUCGCAGCAUGAUAUCUGAGAGACCUGCAAAGAAGGUUGAGCAGGCGUUGGAGAUGUCGGCGAUUGUGUCUGUCGCUAUUCAUCCCUCGAUCAAGAAGCCUGUUGAGAUGGCUUCUGCUGGUACUCAGAUGAGCCCCAAGCCAACGCCCAAGAAUGUCAACAAUGGUACUCAGACCAGCCCUAUUGAGUCGCCCAAGAAGGCUCAGACAAGCAGUGCAGAAAGUCAAACAAGUCCUGUCGCAUCGCCAAAGAAGUCUUUUACACAAGUCAUCAGUAAUGGCGUACAGACCAGUCCAAUCGCCGCUCUGAUCCAGAAAUUCACUCCUACCAUGGUCAAUUCUUCCGCUCAAACAGUCACUUCACCUCGCAAAUCCUUUUCCGAGGUUUUGAGCAAUGGAGUCCAGACAAGCCUGAUCACUCCUGCUGUCAAGAAACGCAAACCAUUCUCGCAAGUCGUGACCAAUGGAGUCCAGACGAGUCCAGUAGCUCCUUCAACGACCAAGGUCGCUUCUCCUCUCAAGACGUUUACAUUCUCUGGGACAAGCAGUGUAGUGUCAACAAGUCCUAUUGCUCCAUCGCCAAAGACUGCGGCUUCUGAGACUGCCGUGCAAACAGGUCCAACGAUCACUUCGCCCUCGAAUGUCCCUCUUCCAUCAAGUCCGGUUUCCAAUUCUCCUGCCACUAGCAAGCCAUCACCCAAAUCUCCUCUAUCGAAUGAAUUUACCGAAGAGCAGCUCGCACUCGACAACGCCUCGUCUCCUCAACCCGGCAAACCGUCCAAAGUCAACACGCUAAACAUCAAACGUCCUCGCGUACCUACCAAAGACAUGUCAUCUACAACCCACAGCCACUAUAAAGCCGUCACAGCUCCCUCAACCUCCAAAGCCUCGCCUUCUUCCAGCACCGGCACAUUCCCUUCGUCUUCUCACCCUGAUCUGCCUACCAUCCUCUUCACAUUCUGCCAGGACAUCACCACCAACAUCCUCAUCCACCGUCGCUUCCUUCUUCUCUGUACCCUUGCAUCUUACCUCGGUUUCGCAAUCGCCUUUUCCUUGGCAGAGUAUGAUUGGGCUCAUGCCAAUGGCUAUGCUCCCGAGAAUAAACUCUUUUAUAUUGGAGCUGCGGUUCCUAGACAGAUUAUUGGGGUAGUUCUGGGACUGAUGGGGUGGUUGUGGAAUGCAGUGUUUGGAGAGUGGAGUUUGGGCGGUGGGGGGAGGUUGCCUUUGAGUCCUGGGUGA